AUAGGAGCUGGUUUUACAAAAGGCUUGUGAAAGCAAUUUUUAAAUAGGGGUUGUGUUGGGGCUGGUGAACCUCUCGAUCUACUUCGUAAAAACCCGACUGUCCCGAUCACCAGUUAAAAACCCCAUAAUGACGCCUCAUUGACUUAAGUAAUACGGACUCCGGACUUAAAUGCGUAACCUGAGCCACUCACGUAAUCACUGUGGCUGUAGUAAAGCUGUCCGACAGCGUCCCCUAUGAGGUCAUCGAUCUGCAGGAACAAACCAGCACCAGCGACCAAUCGGAGAGCUUCGACACACACCUUACACUUUACAACGAACAAUCUCAUAAACCACCACCACCAAAACUCCCGUCUCCAAACCUCACGCAUACAACCCUCUCACCUCUCCCUCACCAACAUAACCACCAAUCCCCAAAAAUGCCCCCCACAAACCCCCCACCCCUAGCCCUCCACUACCGCUCCAACACCCUCUUCAUAAUCGCCACCGUAGCCAUCGGUCUCUUCACCGACCUCUUCCUGUACGGACUCAUCGUGCCCGUUCUCCCAUUCAUGCUGCGCAACCGCCUCUCGAUCCCCGAACCCGAGAUCCAAUCCUACGUCUCCAACCUGCUAGCCGCGUACGCCGGGGCCUCCGUCCUAUCCUCCGUACCAGCCGGCUGGAUCGCGGACCGCACUACAUCGCGACAAGCGCCGUUUCUAAGCGGACUGGCUGCGCUGCUUGCGGCUACGGUGAUGCUUGCGUUUGGGAGGAGUAUUGGGGUAUUGUUUGCGGCGCGCGUGCUGCAGGGCGUGAGUGCGGCGGUGGUGUGGACGAUUGGGCUGGCGAUGAUCAUGGAUACGGUGGGUCCGGCGAACUUGGGCAAGGUAGUUGGGAGCGUGUUCAGCUUUAUCUCGGUGGGCGAGCUGAUGGCGCCUGUGAUCGGCGGCGUGCUGUACGAGAAGACCGGGUACUCGGGGGUAUUCGGCGUGGCAGCCGGGGUGUUAGGAUUGGAUUUCGUGAUGCGGUUGUUGGUCGUGGAGAAGAAGACGGCUGCGAAGUAUGAUGCGAGCUUGGCGGUGUCCGAUGGAGGGGAUGAAGAUAGGGGGGCCGGACCGCGGGGAGAUGAUGCCGGUGAUCGCGAUGAAGAAGCUCCUACGGAAAAUGACGCGUUACUACCGAACAAGAACGAAAAUUCCCGUUAUAAAAUCAAUAGCCCUCCGAACCGACUCACCCGCACCCUCCCCAUCCUCCUCUGCUUCCGAAACCCGCGUCUCCUAGUCGGCUUUAGCCUAGCUUUCGUACAAGCCUCGCUCCUCGCCGUCUUCGACGCUACGAUCCCGACCGAAGCAUCGUCGCUCUUCGGUUUCGCCUCUCUGGACGCCGGCCUCCUGUUCAUUGCCCUAGAUAUACCGUAUCUAAUCCUCGGUCCUGUAGCCGGGUGGGCCGUAGACCAGUACGGCACCAAGUUCGCCUCCGUUCUAGGUUUCGGGUAUCUCGUACCUACCCUCAUCCUCCUGCGCCUGCCCUCCGAUCACCCGCUCUCGGGGGGGAGUAACGUGGUCUUGUACUGCGCUUUGCUGGCACUCAACGGCGUAGGCUUAGCUGUUAUUGGGUCCCCCAGUGUAGUCGAGACGAGCUAUGUAGUGCAAGAAUACGACCGUGCCAACCCAGGCUUAUUCGGUGCUAACGGUCCUUAUGCUCAGUUGUACGGUUUCAACUCGUUAUUUUUCUGUGCCGGUCUCACAGUCGGUCCCGUUGUUGCCGGGGCCCUCCGCGAUGGGAUUGGUUAUGGUAAUAUGAACCUUGUAUUUGCUAUUGUAUCAGGCCUUACUGCCAUAGCUUCACUUUUUGUCAUUGGCGGGAAACUCCAGGGGAAUUUCCGGCUUUGGAGAAAAGGACGGGUAAACUAGGCCACUGCCAUCUCCUAUGUGUGACACUUUAGAAGAUGAGAUGACCAUGUCAUGUCAAUCCAUAAUAAAUAGGUAUAAAAAUUCCACCUAGACUUAUUCUGGACGCUAUGAUGCGAUUCACUAAUAGUCAUCAUCGCAAUGCUGCAGUAUGGAUAGAUCGCCAAACAAGUGUUAACGAGAGCUGCGAUUAUCUAUUUGACCAGUCCUCAACCUCGGGGAAUCUUCGUAAUCACGAGUAUAUUCGGAAGCAUAUACUAGAAUAAUAACGAAGGAAAAAACCUGACCUAAAUAUCCGAUAGAAAAUUGGGGUAUCAAUCCCACAGCAAGUGUUCUGAGCUUUCUCAGCUCUUCAAAAAAAGGAAAAGUCUCUGCUCUUGUCUAAUCAGCGGAGCAGCGGACUGCGAAACUUCCUGAGAAAAGCUUCAUGCUCGCCGCCACGUAAAAGAGGAUAUGCAAAAGACCAACAUUAGUUCCCUCCCAUUCUUGCGAUUACCCUCAUCUUAAAAUGAACGGGUAUCUCAGUC